AUUUAUAUUUUAAUAACAAGUGUUUUAUUUACUUUAGUAGUAAGGAUAUUAGUAAUAUUAGUAGCUUCAUUAUUAUCUAAGAAGGUUGUAGUCGAUCGUGAAAAAAGUAGACCUUUUGAGUGUGGGUUCGAUCCAAAAGGAAGGGCCCGAUUACCUUUCUCUCUUCGGUUUUUUUUAGUAGCUGUAAUUUUUUUAAUUUUUGAUGUUGAGAUUACUCUUUUAAUACCUUUGGCUUAUAUUAUCAGGUUAACAAAUAUUUUUACUUGAUUAUUGGCGGGGUUGAUAUUUUUAUUAAUUUUACUUGUUGGUUUGUAUUAUGAGUGAUUGAAAGGUGCUCUGGAGUGGAAUGAGUAG